UCGCUCUGUCCAUCUCAUUCACUCUCUCUCACACAACCUCUGCGGGGCGCAAGGUUCUGCUUCACCCCAACUUCCUGGACCCCGCGGCAGGACGGUUCUCAGUAACAAUCUGGUCUGCUUCCAGCUUGCCUUAGACGGAGAAAACCGUCAAGCGCCUGCAGCGAUCCAGCAUCUGACGGCGAGAUGAUCCCGUUUUUUAUCAGCCUUGUCUUGCCCAGCCUAGCAGCUGGCUUUACCAAAGGGAUCGAAGUGACCCAGCCAGCAUUCAUCGUGGCAAAGCAACAAGAGGAUGCGCAAAUUGUGUGUGACUAUACGAACGACGGAGAUGCAACAGAUCUUCGAAUAGCUUUGCUUAAACAGAUGGGCAACGAGUCCAUCAAGGUCUGUGCUUUGUCCUUUACCACCAACUUUGAACCAGUCAGCAGGAAGGUUGGCCAGUGCAGAGUCGAUCUUGGUCACGAGAGGGUCAAUGUGACACUCCCGCAGCUGCAGACCACGGAUGCCGGUCUGUACAUUUGCACAAUGGAACGGAUCUUCCCUCCACCUUACUACCCUGUCCAGGGGAAGGGGACCCAUCUUUACGUCGUUGACACAGAACCAUGCCCAGACAUACACCUGUAUUUUUGGAUCAUAAUGAGCGCAUUUGCUGGAUUGCUUGGCUACAGCAUUUUACUCACAGCCUGCAUUAUGAGAAAAGUGAUACGAAAGCGCAGCUAUUACACUCCAGGGGUCUAUGAGAAAUUUAUAUCAAAAUAAUCAGGAUCACAAAGAAACCGGAAUGGAAAAGAGAAGAAAUGGUUCUGACUUCUGUGAAGUGUCUAAGGAGAAAAUUAAUUUCCUAAUAUCAUAGGAAUAUAAUUGUAACUUCCAAAUUGGAUCACAAAAGAGGAACAGGCUAUGCAUUAAUAUAAGAAUACUAAAUUUACCCCUCAACAGUUUGUCUGUUGUCAAAUUCCUUAGGAAUUAACAGAAUGAACUCAAAGUGCACUCUCCCUUGUAAAAUCACCCCACCAUUUUAUAACGGUAGCAGCACUUUAUUUAAGGCAAGGUUACACGAUCACCAGAAUCACCUGGUAAUGCUUUUCCUGAACUGGACUGCUUCAUGCUGGGCUUGGUCACACCCUUGCUUACCUUUCUCCAUGCUCUGUUUGCUCCCUGCUGCUGGUUACCUUUUUUCUCCCACAUGUAGCUUUGGCAUGAUUUGCUGUUAUUUUUACCUUCCAGAAGCAAUCCUACCCUAUCAGGGAUCACAAAAGGAGAGGUGAUGUCUGUCUUUAUAUAGCCACCCAAUUCUAGGUGCAUGCCAAUGUCACAGUACCAGAUAAGAGGAAGGGCAAGAAGAAUUCCUUCACACCAGAGAGACUUCAUGAUGAGGUUGUGUAGGCAGUUAGAUUGCCCAUAUGAUGAAGUCCAUGAAACAAAAUCAAAACAAAGGAGAUCCUUUGGUUCCUAUUCCAAAAUGGGCAACUAUUUCCCAUUUUGCAGCUCUCUCAGUCACAGAAAGAGCAAACAAUCCCUUAACUUGUGCCUCUGCUUUGGGUCACCCCUAGUUUUGCAUUGCAGGACCAGACUGAGGCCACACGCCUUUUGCUUUGUGCUUCAAAGGGCCUCCUGCACUCUCUGCACACUAUGAUGGCACUCAGUGGCUAUCCCUCCAGGUCUCUCCACCCAGCUUCCUGCCAGCUGUCCUGCUGACCUUCCAUGCUUCACGCCCAGCCUUUUCUGA